GCGCGGGGGUGUGUUUUGUGUUUUGCAAUAGAUCUUGAAAAGUAUUAAAAAAUUAGUCCAAACAUUUGCUAUCAAAAUAAUGGAGCCUGAAAAAAAUGAUGAUAUAAAUUCUAUUGAACCUAAGUUUCCUAUGUUACCAUUUGAAACACAAAUAUUCAUGGAUAUAUUUGAAAAAGAUGCUCUCGUAGUAAUAGCCAAAGGUAUAAAUUAUAACACAGUUUUAUCUAAUUUACUGUGGGUAUAUAAUGAUCCAGCAAAUUUAAUUCUGGUUCUAAAUAGCAGUGAUCAUGAAGAAAAGUAUUUUACAGAAAAGUUUAAUUUAAAUACUUUACCAACAGUUGGAUCUGAGAGAGAAAAAGCAUAUUUGGAGGGAGGCAUACAUUUUGUUUCUACCCGCAUCCUAGUAGUGGACCUCCUAAAAGACAGGGUUCCAAUACCUAAAAUCACAGGCAUUAUUGUGUUGAGAGCUCACACCAUAUUAGAGUCAUGUCAGGAAGCAUUCGCAUUGAGAUUGUACAGACAGAAAAAUAAGACUGGAUUUAUUAAAGCUUUCUCCAACUCUCCUAUAUCUUUUACAUUUGGAUACCAUCAAGUGGAAAAAGUCAUGAGAGCUGUAUUUGUAACUGAAUUAUUUUUGUGGCCUAGAUUUCAUGGAAAUAUAAUCAAAAGUUUAAAAAACAGACAAGCUGAAGUGAUAGAACUGCAUGUUCCUCUUACAUCGAAUGUGAACCACAUUCAAACCUGUCUUAUUGAUAUCAUGAAUUACACUGUGAAACAGCUCAAAAGCAUCAAUAGGUCUUUAGACCUGCAGGAAAUAACAACCGAAAAUUGUCUGACCAAAAAAUUCCACAAAAUACUCCAAUCGCAACUGGAUUGUGUAUGGCAUCAGUUGAGUACAAGAACUAAAGAAUAUAUUCAAGAUCUCAAAGUUUUAAGAAGUAUGAUUAUUAAUGUUAUACACGACGAUUCUGUAUCCUUCUAUGCAUUGGUGAGCAAAUAUAGAACACCAGAGUAUGCUCAAAUAAAUUCAGGAUGGAUACUUUUGGACUCUGCAGAACAACUAUUCCGAUUAGCGAGAGGGAGAGUUUACAAUCAUAAAAGUGAAUUUGAUCCAGAACCAUCACAAAAAUGGAAAUGUCUCAAUGAACUUCUAUCUGAAGAAAUUCCUGAAGAAGUUAAAAAGAAGCAAAGUGGAAAGUUACACAACACAAAAAUAUUAAUUCUGUGCCAAGAUAGCAGAACGUGCUCCCAACUAAACCAUUAUUUGACAAUGGGCGCAAAUAAAUACCUUUUCUAUACAGCUUUUAGAAGAGAUUUAACAAUUACUAAACUUUCAUCCAAGUAUAAGACCUAUCAAAAUGAUAUCCCUUUAGAAACUAAGAGUAAAACAAAUAAAGAUAAAAAAGAAGAUACAAAUGACCAAGAAAAUGAAGAAAAUAAAGAUUCCGAAUUGUUUGAUGAGGAAUUAAAUACAGAUGAUACAAAUAAAUCAAAUUAUAUCUUGACUUUAACACAGGUUACACAAAGAAAUAAGGAAUCGAACGAAAGUAUGUUUGAACCUAUUUCGCAGAUGGAUAGUUUGGAUAUAACUCAGAUUGAGACCGAAAAACCUGUAAUAUACAUCCAGACUUUCAAAGAAAAUGGAAACAAUUUCUCUCUUGAAAGAACCUUGGAACUGUUGCGUCCAGAAUACAUAAUAUUAUACCACAGCGAUGUAGCAGCAGUGAGACAGAUUGAAUUGUUUGAAUCUCGAAAAAAAGAAGAAGAGUCUAAAAGUAAAGUUUAUUUCAUGAUUCAUGACAAAACUGUCGAAGAACAAGCUUAUCUUACGUCACUGAAACGGGAGAAACAAGCAUUUGAAACACUCAUAGAGGCCAAAAGUUCAAUGGUAGUGCCAACAUAUCAAGAUGGAAAAACCGACGAAUAUUUCAAUUUAAACGUCGAAGAAGAUGAAGAGUCUAUUGAUACACGAAAAGCAGGUGGGCAGAGUACUCAAUGCAAAGAAAAACUGGUUGUUAUAGUUGAUAUCAGAGAGUUUCGCUCCGAUCUUCCUUCACUACUUCAUAGGAAAGGCAUUAACAUAGAACCUGUUACUAUCGCCAUCGGAGACUACAUCCUUACUCCUGAGAUAUGCGUUGAACGCAAAUCAAUAUCCGAUCUGAUUGGAUCUUUGAAUUCUGGAAGACUGUAUACACAGUGCACCCAAAUGUGUCGGAACUAUAGUAGACCGAUAUUGCUCAUUGAAUUCGACCAAAACAAGCCAUUUAAUUUACAGGGCCAUUUUGUUGUAUCAACUGAUAUAUCAAGGGUAGAUAUCCAACAGAAAUUACAACUCCUAACUAUACAUUUCCCGCGACUAAAAUUAGUGUGGUCACCCAGUCCUUAUGCUACAGCGGAAUUAUUUUAUGAACUCAAACAAGGUAGAAAAAACCCCAAUGUAGCUGAAGCACUGGCCCUUAGUGGCGAAAAUACCGCAGACGAUAUGAACUACGAGCGAUACAACAUAAUGGUCCAUGAUUUCAUACAAAAAUUGCCUGGUGUUACGUCAAAAAACAUUGCACGAAUUUUAAAUAGAGGAGUUUCCCUGGAUCAUUUAAUUUCUUUAUCACAAGAAAAACUAACGGCGAUAGUUGAAAACAAAAAUGAAGCUGAAACAUUACAUUCAAUACUGCAUGUUAAAGCAAAACCUGCCGACCCAUCAAAAGACGAAAAACCAUUUGGAAAAAAGAAGUUUGUAGGAAAACCAUUAUUUAGAAGUAAAAAAUAAGCUGUAUAAGUAUGUAAUAAGUUCCAUUUAUUUAUUUUUACAGUAAAAUUAUAAGCAAUAAGUAUUCUUAAAAUUGCAUUUUUUAUAAAAGGUGCAUAUAAAUCGAGGAUAUAUCCAGCAAAAUGUAUUUACCGCCAAGUACCUAAAACAAGGCGAUAGGUUUAAAAAGUAUUUAUCAUAACUUGAGAUAAUUUUAAUGUUUAAAGUU